UAGAGAAAAUCUCUACAUUCAUCUUCCUCUAUCAUAAGGAAAUAUAGAAUUUAAAAUAGAACAAGUUUAAGACUUCUUUAACCCUGUAUAUUUGUGAUAACAUUCAAAACGAGUACAUUCAGAGUAUUGUACACACUAGACUACAUUUAUAAUAACUAACGCGCGUUUUGACAGAUAAAAUCAGUGAUGGUGUAGUGGUAGUGUAUUAUUGUAGCUUUGUUCGCGGAUCACAAUCGAUUAUACAGUUCCUUCGAAAUUCAGAAUCGUUGUAUUCGAUUUUAUGAUUUUGUUACAUCUCGAAUCCCCGCACGACAAGUAAAUUUUGCUUAUCAAUUUUUCAAUUUAUCAAUAAAACGUUAAAAAUCAGGUAAAUAAACUUUCGUAUUACGUAUUACCAAUCGAUAACAAUCCGAAUCGAUGUGAUCCAUGAACACGGAACUGUUAUUAAAAUAUAGAGAUGAACGAACCACGAAGACGUUAAAAUACGCAUGUAUUAGUUCGGAAUUUAACCCGCGAACAAAGCUAUUUACUCGCUAUGAACAUAACCACAAAUAAAAAUAUUGGAAUAAACUUUUUACAAAUGAAAUUUUGGUGUCCACAUCACCAGAAACAAAAAUUAUCUCAUAGAUACAUUUAUUCAAUAUAUUUUCUAAUGUAAAUAUAUAAGAUAUUUCGUGAAGUAAUUUAAAUUACGCCGUAUUUACAAUCUAUUAACAGGAUGUUGGUGGAAAAUGUGUUUCUAAACUAGAAUUAACGUUGAUAAAUCUUUACCGAUAACAAUAAAUCCAAGGACAAUUUAUCGUACAUAAUAGAAAAUUUCAAGAAAUCCUGGCCGGUGGAAAAUUGGAAAAAAUUUGGUCUGUUCAAAGAAGAAUAUUUUCUCGAAAUAAACGUCCAUUGGUUAAAAUAUGACCCGCCUUAUACAACAAACUAUUACGUAUCCGCCAUUUUGUAUCUGUUACUAAUGAUAUUCGGAGUAUCUGGAAACUUUCUGGUUAUAUUUCUAUUUUUCAGGUGCAAAUCACUCAGAACUUCUGCAAAUACUUUGAUAGUCAACUUGGCCUUCAGUGAUGGAAUUAUGAAUAUUAAAGCGCCGAUUUUACUUUAUAAUUCGUACCUAAACGGCCCUGCACUUGGAGACGUUGCUUGUCGUAUUUACGGUUUUAUUGGAGGUUUAACGGGCACCAUCUCCAUCAUAACAUUAAGCGUGAUAUCUUUCGAUCGUUUUUUCGUUAUAAAAUACCCUCUGAAUCGAACCUUCUCGAAUUUAAGGGUGAAAAUAUGUCUGUUGGUCACUUGGAUUUACGGUACCUUUUUCGCUGUCAUACCCGCGCUCGACGUCGGAUUCGGGAAGUACACGUACGAGGGGUAUUUGACGAGCUGCAGUUUCGAUUAUUUGACGGACGACGCGAAAAUUAAAAAUUUCAUCGUCGUCUUCUUUUUCGCCGCGUGGGUGGUGCCCGUUAUAUUGAUAUCGUUCAGCUACAUCAACAUUUGGAAAAUCGUUUACACUCGAACGGAAUGUCGGAAACGGGGCGGAGAUUCCGUCAAACACGUGCGAGAAGAAGAUAAGAGGAAACAAGAGAUCAAAUUGGCGGUAACCGUUUUGUUUACUAUUGUUUUGUGGUUCGUAUCGUGGACUCCGUACGCCGUGGUCGCUCUUUUAGGGGUGGCCGGUUACAGGGAUUGCAUACCGCCUGUAGUGUCCUUGUUACCGGCACUUUUUUGCAAAACUGCGAGUUGUAUCAACCCGUAUGUGUACGCUUUGUCGCAUCCCAAAUUUAAGAACGAAUUGACGAAGAUUUGUUGGGGAUCUUCGAAAGCGAACGACAGAAAUAAAGUAUGGACAACCGAAGUCGCAAAAACAGAAAUAUCAACAAUAGGCGAUAUAAAAAAAUUACGAAAUUUCUCCGAUUCCGAUCAAAGUUUCAAAAUGCGCGAAAGCAAAUCAACGGAAGGUCAACAUACAAGAUCAAUUCCAUUAAAACGACAAGGAACCAUUGUGGAAAUGAUAUGCUUAAGACCUUCGUUCAGUAACAAUUCUUCUAGUUUUAGAAGAUUAGCUAGACGAUGGUCUUCUAAAGAAAAAAAAGAAAAACUUGAUGACGCAGACGUAGCUAUAGAAAGAGUUUCAAUCGAAAAUUAAAUAGAAAAGAUAAAUGUUUGUCCUAGAACAUAGAAAUUUACAUUGUAUUAUCGUCUUUAAUAAAUUCCGUAGAAAUAA